CGCUCGCGUCUCUGCCCUCGGGAGCUUGCUUUCUCACCCUCCUAUGGCUUCGCUGGCCCCUCCCCUCCACUCGCGCCCUUCCCUCUCCCCCUCUCCGCGCCUCAAGAAGAGCUGCGCCCCCCGCGUGUCUGCCACGCUCGUCGUCUCAAACGUGGUUGCUUCUGAAACAUCCCUAAGUUGGUCCUCAAAAGAGAAACUCAAUCUUUCAAGUAAAUGGAAUCAGGGCCCCCUCCAAGAAAUUGAUUGGGAAAACUUGGAGGUUGAUUUGUAUCACUGGACGAGACCAUUGCGGCCUGUGCAGUGGUACCCUGGUCAUAUUGCUAAAACGGAAAAAGAACUAAAGGAGCAGCUGAAGUUAAUGGAUGUUGUCAUAGAGGUUCGAGAUGCUAGGAUUCCCAUGGCUACUAGUCAUCCUCAGAUGGAUUCCUGGCUUGGAACUCGGAAAAAGAUUUUAGUUUUGAAUAGAGAAGACAUGAUAUCUGCUGCAGACAGAAAUGCAUGGGCGACAUUCUUUGCAAGGCAGGGAAUAAAAGUUGUUUUCUCUAAUGGGCAGCUUGGAAUGGGAACCAUGAAACUUGGGAGACUUGCAAAGUCAUUAGCUGUUAGUGUGAAUACCAAACGUAGAGCAAAAGGACUACUCCCUCGUCCAGUGCGUGCUGGAAUAGUUGGUUAUCCCAAUGUAGGUAAAUCAUCUCUAAUUAACCGUUUGCUGAAGCGAAGGAUGUGUCCAGCUGCUCCUAGACCUGGAGUUACAAGAGAACUGAAAUGGGUACGUUUUGGUAAAGAUCUGGAGUUGUUGGACUCUCCUGGCAUAUUGCCAAUGAGAAUUAGUGACCAGGCAGCUGCUAUCAAGCUUGCAAUAUGUGAUGACAUUGGGGAGAGGUCAUACGAUGUCGCUGAUGUAGCAGCCAUUCUCGUGCAAAUGUUGACAAGACUUCCUGAAGUAGGUUCAGAAACUCUUCGUAAACGCUACAGGAUUGAUUUACAUGAUCAGUGUGGUAAAACAUUUCUUCAGAAGCUUGCUCUUCAACUGUUCAAUGGAGAUGUUAGCCAGGCAGCUUUCCGCAUCUUGAGUGACUUCAGGAAGGGAAAGUUUGGUCGGGUUGCCCUAGAAAGACCUCCCAGGUGAAGCUGUUACUAUUGAAUAUCUGUAUAUUCUUCAGCAGUACUUAGCCCUAGAAGAGAUAAACGAGAAGAAUAUCCUGCAAGCAACUCCUCCUGAACUUGGCACGACUAUUGGAAAGAAGAUGGAGCACCUAAGUCCUCACAUGCAAAAUUACAUGGAUAGGUAUGUUGUAACUCCAGUGAAUUAAACAUUUAUGGUCCUUAACAAUGAUUACUUGGUCCAAGUGAUUUGUUUAGAUAAUUUGGUUCGAUGCUGAUGUCAUAACCUGCAUUGAUUCUCUGAUUUGUACAU